AAGAUAACAUUCAGAUUAAAUGGUCUUAUAAUGACAAAAAUGAUAUUAAUUUAAUGAAGCAUGCUUGUGAUACUCUUGUAUAUCUAAAUUAUCAAAGAUAUCAAUUAAUCAUAUAUGAGAAUCAGCAUGUAUUAGAUAUUCACUAUAAUCUUAUGGCAAAAAUCAUAAUUGGUGAAAUAAAUGCUCUCAUUAAAUGUAUUCUAUUUGGCGAUGAUAAA